GGAGGGUUUGAGAGGGAGCAGGAUUUAAAGAGACGUUCUAAUCCUUGAGAGCUCUUUCUGUCGGAAUCUGUUUCAGCAAACUCCAUAUACCUGUUGCUGUUAUUUGUCAUACUCUUUGAGGUGAGGAUAAUAUUUAAUUCUUAUGUUGGUAUGCUAUAAAGUGGAAAUAUCUUAACAUAUCUCAUUUUUAUUUUGUUUAGUUUUUUUUUUCUUUUUUUUUUUCUGGUUAUAUUCUCUGAAAUUAAUCGCCAUUCACCAAUCCAGUUUGACUUAAUAUUUUGUUUAUUAGAGUUUAACUGUGGUACAGGGAAUCCAUCAUACUGUGUGUGUAUGUGGAGAGAAGUUGCUUGUCUGCAAAAAAAAAAAAAAAUACAUAAAAAUGUGAAUAUGUGUGUUUCUUUUUAUAAUCAUCCAUGUGUAGAUUAUUACAGAAUGGCUAGUUUGUUUUUUUACUAUGUUUAGUAAAUUCCACAAAGUCCUAGACCUAGAGUAUUUGAGUUAUCAGCAAUAAAGUGACAAUAACUAACGUUUGCUUGUAUUUCAGGAGAAGAGCUGUAAUGGUGAGUAACAACAGCUGUUUCUAUGUCUUUCUCAUUCACCUUGUCUCUGCUACACUUGUCACUCUGUCUCUAAGUUUUCAACCUAUCUGUUCAUUCUCUUAAGCUGAUUAAGUGGUAGUGCUUCUCUGUCAGCUUCAUUUUACUAUUUAACAAGUGCUUCUCAGAAAAAUAUAUCUAGGCAGAGGAUACGUUCUUGUAGACUGCAGAAUCCUUUUGCCGAUUUUCUUUUUUUUCUGUGUGUGUAAUAAUAGAUCAGUGGUGGCGAACCUGUGGCACGCCGUGCCCCUUCUGUGGGCACGCGGCCAUAGGUCGCCGGCAUCAAUGCAAUCUGCUUCCGAGGACCUGGAGGCAGCCGGCAAGGGGAGGGAUCUGGCCAGAAGAACGAUCCUCCCGCGAGCAGGCUGUGGGGAGCGUUACCGCGCGUUCCCAUGGCAACGCUCCCCACAGCAUUGCGCGGGAGGACUGAGGUAAUAGAUGAUAGAUAAUUAUUGUUAUUAUUAUUGUUGUUGUUGUUCUAUCUUCCACCUAUGUUCAUGUCUAUUUUUCAGUUGUCCCUGGACCAGCUAAUAAUGGAUCCUUCCAUAUACUCCAAGGAUGGAGACUUAAAUGAAGUUUGGGUUCCUGGGGUUUUGCGCCAUAGGAACCCAUGGGGAAGGGACCCAUCUAUUUAUACUCCCUUAGAUGAGUGUAAAAAGGGGGAUACAAUUGAAGGCCGUCUUGAUAUCACCGAAAGGUAUGAGGAUUUGCAAAAAAUUCUCAUCAGUGCAGGAUUGCCAGAAACCGAAGACAGAACCAGACAACCCCGCACAGGUAAUAAAAAUACAAUUCUGAGACACAAAACAUACACAUCUUAACAAAGCCUAUCUUAGCAGAUACAUUGCUACACAAACUGAACAAUAUGUAGAUAUAAUAUUAUUAUACACAAUGUCGCAUGAGGAGCUCUUCCUACUUGUGCAUCCUUCACACUCCAAUAUGUAUAAUAAAAACCUGACAAAUAUGGAAUAAAGUGCACUCAAAUAACCUUUACAGUGCAGUAUUUAUUAAAUCAAUAAUAAAACAUGUAUUUUAAAUCGUCCCUCUCCCACAACCCCCAAGUAUUGUGCAUUUACACUGGUAUUGGUGAGAAAGUGCUACGUGCAAAUUGAAUCUGCUGAUAGUUCAAUAAGUCCCCCAGAUCCUCAGCAAUGUCUCCCUCUGGUUUGAAAUGUAGCUGUUCAUGCCAGCAGUAUACAACUCAAGGAGUGCCAAAAGUACAGUAUAUUCCUACGAGUUUAUAGGACAACGUGUACUUUCAGGACAAUAGAAUAAUUACUGAUUAACCCCUACUUAAAUGCUUUCAUAACACAGCUUCGUAAAUAGUUCCAUUUUAUAAAUGUAUAUUCUAUUAAUUUUAGAUUUCAUUUUUAAAAUGUGUUUUUCUGUGGAGUGUGGACUGAUGCCAAUUUGCAGAGAGGUUGCCAGGCUUAAGGCAGUAAACUCUGUAUUUAAAUGUCAUCUUCACAUGGGGGCUGACAUCUAGGUCUGGACUAGGGAUAAAAAAAAAAAAAACAGCACUGGAAAUAAUUUUAAAACAGCUCUCCAGUUCCCAAAUCGUGUGGUUUGCAGUGGGCAGUCAUGGGCAGCUGUUACCAUAUGUCCAAUUUUGGUAUUGUCCUGGACAUCAUUUUGUGCCAUGUUAUUAAUCUAUCAAAAAACGAUGGUAUUGUGUAUAUUCCUAAUUCUGUGUUUUAUGUGAAUGUAAACCAGCGUGAAGAGAGAGAGAGAGAAGUGUGACAUUUGGGGGAUGAUGGAGAGAGAGACACAAAUCGGCGAGAUGGAGAGAGUAAUACAAGUGGGAGAGAUGGGAGAUGAAAACAAGUGGGUAGAACAAAAAGAGACACAAAUGGGAAAUAUAUACAGUGCAACAUUGAAGAUAGAAAGACACAGGGGACAAAAGGAGAGAUAUACAGUAUCAAGAAUAAUCAACACAGUAAAGGAGGAGACCAUAUUUAAAAGAAGAAAAACUACCACAACAAGAGGACAUAGUCUUAAAUUAGAGGGACAAAGGUUUAAAAAUAAUAUCAGGAAGUAUUACUUUACUGAGAGGGUAGUGGAUGCAUGGAAUAGCCUUCCAGCUGAAGUGGUAGAGAUUAACACAGUAAAGGAGUUUAAGCAUGCGUGGGAUAGGCAUAAGGCUAUCCUAACUAUAAGAUAAGACUAGGGACUAAUGAAAGUAUUUAGAAAAUUUGGGCAGACUAGAUGGGCCGAAUGGUUCUUAUCUGCCGUCACAUUCUAUGUUUCUAUGUUUCUAAGAAGAGAUGAAUAAAUAGUUGGGAGACCAGGAAGUCUAAAAGUACAAAUGCAAUGAAAUACACAUCUGCACUCUUAUUCAUAAAUGCACACAGAAACAAACAUACACACAAACUAACCCUCCACACAAAUAUCCCGCCAUACAUAAACAUUGACACUCUUCACAGAUAAGCUCAUGCAUUGACACACACAAAACCACACACACUAACCCUCCACACAAAUGUACACAUACAUAAACAUUGACACUCUACACAAAUAUACUCCUGCAUUUAGACACACUGACACUCAGUUCAAAUACAGCCUAAAUACACAGGAACUGCAUACAGAUAAACCCUUGGAUUCAUACUCUGUAAGAUGGAUUCACAUACUGUAAUUGUCCAUACAGAAUUGCCCAUGCAUGUUAACCACUGACAUCCUGCAAAAAUAUGUGUAUGCAUUCACAGACACUUGAGCAGCUGGCAAGUAGAAUCCUGUAAUAUAUUAACUUUAUUAGUUGAGUGUCAUUUCAUGAAUAAUUGUAAGAUGACAUUUGCUAUGUGUCUGUUGUUGUGGGUGGAUCAUGGCUACAUAGGAAAGACCAGCUCACAGCAAACAGGUCACUUUUGCUACCACUGUGGCUGUGAGUGAAUCGUGGUUUUACUCUUUGGUUGAGAGAGGGUCUGUUUUUUGAUAGUGUACUUGUUUUAGUUUUACUGUUUUAGUGGGUGGCUGUAAUUGUGAGCCCGUUUGUUUAAUAUGUGACUGUAGUUGUUCAGUUUGUUUUAGUGUACAUAUGUGAGAGUUCUUUAGUGUGUCACUGAGUUUCUUCAUUUAAGUGUCUGCAAAUAAGUUGUGAUUUAUGUUAGCCUAUUUUUAGUAUAUGGUUAUCAGUAGCGGGGUUUUUAUUGAGUGGAUGAAAGUGACAAUGUUUUACUUGCUACAUGUUAGUCACUGUGUACUUUUUAAUGGGUAGUUGUGAAUCUGUGUGUUUUAUUUAAUAUGUGGUUGUCAGUAACUUUAUGUUUUUAAUAUGCGUUAUACUACGAGUCUGUAUACAAAAACGGUGUUAAGGGUGGCUGGUGAGGAUUUUCAUACUACUGAUAUGCACUUGGGCUAACACUGGAUUUGAACCUGUGUAACACUGACUCUAUUAGCUCAGAAGCUCACAUAGUGAGGAAACAUAUACACCCAGAAUGUGCAGUAAAUUAUAAAAACAAAUACCUUUAUUUUCUUCACUUAAAAUCUUGGCUGGGACUAUACAGCAUGGGGGGAAGGCACAAUUACAAUGACGCUUACAUUUGUCAUGCACCAAGGACACUUCAUAAGAGAGGUCAGAGAGGGUGUAUAUUUUUUCCCUGCUAUAUGAGCCGCUUCUGAUCUGAAACUAUGAGUCUAUGUGUGGGGUCGUGUGUACUAGUUCUGUACAAACCAUUAUGUGUGAAAUCUUCGGCAAAAUACAAGAAAAAAACUAAAAUGGCAACAUUGUACGAUGAACUAAAACAAUCACAUCCCUUUAUUAACACAAUCCCACUCAUCUAAGGCUAGGACAAUACUCAAAGAGUCUCUUGCUAACAACUGUCCCUUCAAUCUGAAACAUGCCGGCAUGGUUAGUUAGGAAAAAGAAAUGUUAUGGAAUAAUUUUCUCUCAUCCUGGUGCAACAUUACAUGUAUGCAAUGUAUACUGCGGCUAAGCCUGUUAAAUUUCUGAUAAUUCAUUGUAUACUAGUCAUUCAGUGCGUAAUUCACGGAUCCUCAAAGUAAAGUGCAUGAUAAUUUACUGCUGGGCUUUUUAAUGCAACCAAAUGUAUGUGUAAAGAGGCUGAGAGGCAAAAAGAGUAGACUCAGCCUCCAAGGUACAGUAUUUGUAAGUAAGAUAGUUUUAAAAUAAUUUUCCAUUGUGCAUUGUGGUGGGGGACAGUAGGUCUGGAGCUUGGGAUCCUGACAUGUCCUGCAGUAUCAUAUGACUUAUCUCCUGUGGCACUAGGGAUUACUGAAUCAAUUAUUUUCCUGCACCCACUAAACCACUUGGUAUUUUCCCCUCCACCUUCUUUUCUAGGUAUGUAUCACUCCCCUGCUUCCUCUAACCAUAGUCUUUACAAGGGCACUUUCAACUACUUUAGCUUUACAGACAUCCCAACAUGCAAAAACUAAUUUCAGGGAGGUGGAUUCCCCAGCAAUUGCACCCCCACACACGCGCACCCCUACAUACGUGCCCCUCCCUCCCUCCCACACACACACGCUCCCCCACACACGUACAUACACACAGCCACCAAACGUGUAUGAACAAGUACAUGAUAUUUUAUUAUUAUUUCAUACAACAUAUUACAACUAUUUACACACACUAUAAACACACUGACACAUGCACACACAUUGACACAUAGAUACACACACUGACACACAGAUAUGCACACUUGCACACAAAGACUUGUAUAUUCAAAUACAUGCACUUGCACAUACACACACACACACACACACUCAGAUAUACACUGACACAUAAACACAGAUAUACACUGGCACAUACACACAAAUUUAGAUAUACACUGGCACAUACACACAAACUCAGAUAUACACUGGCACAUACACACACACAGAUAUACACUGACACAUAUACACAGUUACACACACUGGUGCAUACACACACACACUCAGAUACACCACACACUGGCACAUACACACACUCAAAUACACACUGACACAUAAACACAGAUACACACAGUGGUGCAUACACACACACUCAGAUACACACACAUACAUACACUGGCACAUACACACACAGAUAUACACUGACACAUGUACACAGUUACACACACUGGUGCACACACACACACACACAGAUACACCACACACUGGCACAUACACACACUCAGAUACACACUGACACAUACACACAGAUACACACAGUGGUGCAUACACACACACUCAGAUACACACGCUGGCACAUAUACAUAAACUGGCACAUACACACACCCACACACAUAUAUACACACACUGACACAUACACACAUAUACACAUCUUGGCACAUACACACACACUCAGGUACACACACUGGCACAUACUCAGACUCAGAUAUGCACACUGGCACAUACACCCACACAUACACUGACACAUACACCCACACACAGAUAUACACACUGAUACACAGAUACACACACUGGCACAUACAUAAAUGCACACAAUCUGGCAUACAUAGACAAGUUAUAAUAAUUUAAUUUGCAGCAACCUUCCUGCUAGCUUACCUUUUGUGUCCUUGCUUGGGGUCCUGACUGAAGCUGAUGGGAGUGAGCAUGCAGCAGCUCACUCCAGUCACUCCUCUCCAUGCUACCUGUGGUGGUGCCUCUUCCAGCCUCCUCCCUCCUGCACGGCUCUCUGUGAAGCAGGGAGGAAGUGACAGGCUAUAACUUCCUCCCAGCCAACAGAUACUAAAAGGGUCCGGUCAGGCUCUUAAAUGGCCCGCACUCGACCCGGCUCCUGUUCGGAAACAACACUCAUUGGGUGGAUAUUAAAGGCAUUUAUUAUAUGUAAUAUUGUGGAAGUCGCACAAGUGUAAUUUCCAGUAUAUUGUAUAUGAUUUGCAGGUGUCAGGGAGCUGCAUUAAAAAUUGGGAUUCCCACUGUCUCUGCCUCUCCACAUUCACACACCUUUUUUCAAUUGAAAAAAAAUCUUUAAUACUAUACACACUUUUAUAAAGUCAAGCAUACUUAGGUCAAAACCAACAUUGACACCCACCCACUAAUCUUAGAUUGCUGAUCCUAUAAGAAUUGUAACUAUUAAUAGUUUUUUUUUAAACUGGCACUAGUUUUUCAUGAAUGUAAAAUUCGACUCAUGGUAAUAAAAAUUUUAAAUAACACAUAAAACUUGAUUGUAUGGGAAAACAAGGGCAAGAACACAACACAUAACACAUAACUGUCAGAGGAACAUUAAUAAAUAAAAAAACAAGAAAGUAUCGGAAAAGCAUUUCAAUAUAUCCAAAAAUAUUUUAAUAUAUAAAAAGUACACUUGUGCAGAUAUUAAAUAAGCUGCUGUUCACUAUACAGUGUUACCUGUAAACACCAUUAAAAACAACCCAAAAUAAAUUUUGCGAUAAUAAAAACUUUUCACAAGGGUAUGCCAAUCUCCUUAUUCAACAAAGUGACAAUGCCAAAGGAUAACUUUGUGUGAUUGUGGCUUUCAGAAUCAUACAUAAAAAUACAAAACAAAGCGCCAGUAUGUGAACUCACAAUAAAAUAUCCACACUAAUGUGCAAGUGCCACAUAAAGUGCCAAUGCAAAUAUUUACAUAUAUCCAGCAGCAAUAGAAAUGUUCAGGGAAGCUAAAAACUUAAAAAAAAAAAAAAAAGAUAACACACAGAAUCGUAAUAAAUAAAUUGUAAUAUCACGCAUACAAGAAAAAACAAAUCUUUUGGAAAAUUAACAAAAGCCUAGAAGAUUCUUCCUGCAUUGCUUGUGGUAUUUGUAAAUAUAUGCAACCACACAAAUCAUUUAACUUGAACAUCUAUGCAAUGCACCUAACUGUAACAAGGUAGACUUCAUCCAAGAGAUGGUGCUGUAUUAGAUGAAGUCCAUGCAGCAGUUACUUUACAGUGUUUCAGCUGCCCUAGUAUAGGCUUUCUGGUUAGGUCUCAAUGAGUCUCUCCUACUCCAUAAUAGGCCUUAUCAUCUUUGGGCAGAAGGCUAGCUCUCAAGCUCGUCCACGAGCCAUACAGCUUUUUCACAGCAUGUGUGGAAUGAUAAGGGAAUGACCCAGCAAUUUCUGGUCACAAGGUAAACGAACAGGGCAAUCAACAUGAAAAGGAAGGGCGUUAAUGUUAACAUAACACAGUAAAGAGUUUAAGCAUGCGUGGGAUAGGCAUAAGGCUAUCCUAACUAGAAGAUAAGGCUAGGGAGUAAUGAAAGUAUUUAGAAAAUUGGGCAGACUAGAUGGGCCGAAUGGUUCUUAUCUGCCGUCACAUUCUAUGUUUCUAUGUUUCUAAAUACAUAAAAUGAACAGAGAGACUUGGCACCGGUACAAAAGACUUGUGUUGACAGAAAAAUAGAGAAAGAAAACACAUGAAUUUCCAUAUAAAAUGCAAGACUGAAGUUUUAAACAAACAUCCCCAUCCUAAAUGAAUAUAUAUAUAAUAAAAAAGUUGAAGCUUGGCACUCUCCUUCUAAAGGUAUAUAUCAAGAUGUUUUGCCUGGGUGCUCUAUCCUGAACGCCAGAAAUAUACAAAAAUACAAAACCAGGAUGCACUCACAGGUCUUCAUUAAAGUGAGAAAAAAUGUGUUUUUAUUAAUCCAUAAGAUGUGUACAAAAAAUCAAUCGAUUGAUUUUUUGUACACAUCUCAUGGAUUAAUAAAAACACCUUUCUUCUCACUUUAAUGAAGACCUGUGAGUGCAUCCUGGUUUUGUAUUUUUAUAUAUAUAUAUAUAUAUAUAUAUAUAUAUAUAUAUAUAUAUUAUAACCUGAAUAUGUGGGAAUGAUAUAAGCAAAUGAGAAAUGGUCAGAGCAGUCAGAGUCACCCUCAAUUGUCUUUCAUUAUGUCACUAAAACUGAAUUGCUACUGGGAAGAUUUUCCCAGUUUAAGAUUUUUCCAAUUUAAUGGGAUAUCCAUUGCUAAGUGCAGAAUAUUAGGUUAACAAGGACAGGGGGGCAGUGUAUGUGGUGGUCAGGGUGUGUGGGAGGCUGUGACAAGCCUCCACACACUGAAAUACCUUCAGUAAUUCCCUGGUGGUCCAGUGGUCGCAGUCCCUGGUGGUCCGGUGGCACUACGCCGCGAGCAGAGCUGCAGACCUCGUUCUUACAAGCUCUGGUCUGAGCUCUGAGCAUUGCCAUGGUAACCAGUGGCAAAACUCUGUGAGCUUGCGAUAACUACAUCAGGUGAUCUGCAGCUCUGCACCUGGCGGAGCUGCAGUUUGGAGGCUCGGCUCGAAUCCGCACGCGCAUUCAAACAGCCCAUAGGAAAGCAUUACUCAAUGCUUUCCUAUGGACGUCCAGAGUCUUCUUACUGUGAUUUUCACAGGCACACACACUCACUCACAGACACACUGACAGACAUACACACAUUCCCCAUCAGACACACAAACAUAUGAAAAUGUGUGCAAGUGUAAUGUUUAUAUUGAGAUAGAAUGAUAGAUUACUUUUCUAAAUUUUAUAUUUGGGGAAUUAUCAACAAAAAAAGUCUUACAAUGUAUGCAUUUACAUGCAAAUGACAAACUCAUUCAUAUGUCACUAUUUUGGGGUGCUAUGGAGUUUGGCACAGCCUGAUAGAUGUAUGAUUGAUAUGCCAUAAAGACCCUCUCCUGAAUGAAACAGUCAGCACCAGCUGGUGACUAUUACCAUUGAUCUUUAAAUAAACAACUCAAGUGUUAUUAGCAGAACAUGACAUCUUUCUAAGGCUCAUGAGUUUACUUACCUUCGAGGGAACACUGAUUUGUAAGUUCUCCCUGCUCAGCUGUGAUGUCAUAUUCCGGCUUUUGGCAUCACUGCAGGUCGGGCGCCGCCCACCUGGAGAUAAACUACUAGCUGCCUGCUCAGGGGGUCCAAAGGUGGCCAGCUGGCCAGCUCUUGGGCCCUCUUAAAGCGAGGCUAACAAGGCAUUAGCCGGGCAAAUGCCUUGUUUGCCUCGUGGAAGAUAAAUCCCUGCUCUGCACUAUCCCAGUGUGUCUGAGUGAUACAAUGGCAGAGGGUUAGCAUGUUUCUCUGCUCUGUCUAUCGGAGUUUUGAGAGCACAGCAUGCAGUGCUAGUGGAGGAUGUACGGAUAUGGCUUAGUGCCAAAUGCUACCUUUCUACCAUUGAUACUGCAUGUUGUGUGAUAAGAUUUGCACUGAUAGACCAAUGAGAGAAACAUGUUUACCCUCUACUGUGGUCCCACUUGUUUGAGCUGAUUUGGUAGAGGUUCUUAACAGCAUAUGAAGAGUUAAGGGGUUGAACACACAAGAAGGUAAGUAUGUUAGGACACACAAUAGGUUUGUUAUGUUAAGUUAUAUUAUGCAUCAAGUACUGCAUUGUUAUUUACAUAUUUACAUUCUGUUUUCUUUCUAGUAGUAUAUUUUUGUAUGUAAGAUAUAAUAUAUUUUGAUAGAGCAUAGUCUAAUAAAGUAUCGAUGUUGUGCCCUACUAAAGACACCUAAAAUUGGUAAACCUUUUCAACACAAUGGCUAGGAAUUAGAUUCUGUAUGAUAUAACAUUUGAUAUGUUUUGAAGUAUUACUAUUGUACUGAUAUUUCUCUUAUAAUUUCUUUUCAUCUGGCUUAGAUCAUAAUGCAGAUACUACAACAAUUUGUGUGUUUGGAACUCCCAGCUUUGCCAUGUCCACUUUGCUGGAGGGAGCUAGACAGUGUCCUGGUAAGAUAUUUGCCUCUGCCAAAUUGUAAAAGCCCUGGAAUUAUAACAAGAAGUAAUUGUACAAGAGAAGGGAGGGAGCAUUAAUGUGAAUUAUAACAGAAAGAUAGAAGGCAACAAUUAAUAAAUGGUAAUACCUGAUGUGUAUGCAUCAUCCUUACAAUGCUUCUUUAUUCAUUUAUAGGAAACAUGCUUCUUUGUCUUUCUUCAUUAUGGUUUUGCCCACGACCUCCUGCUUCUACACUCCCACCCCCUCUCUAUGUUAGGCAGGCUGUAACCUUUGAUCUUGGCGGUCGUACAUUUUUGGACAUAUUUUCUCCCCCACGACGUGUGACAUAUCUGUCAUGGAUGGAAGGUGAUGAGGUUUUGCUUGGACAAGAAUGGGACUGCCCAAUUGGAGGCUCACCUAAGCUCUCAAACUUUCUUUCGAAUACAUUAGAAAUGAGACUUCUGCUUGAUCGCAUGGAACUUCCACUGGCCCCUGCUCUUGUUCUCACUUCUUAUUGGUUAGAUUCAUGGGAACCCCAGAUUGGGGAGGGAAGAAGCACAAGUCUGGUAGAACUGGAUGGGAAGGAAGGAUGGGAGGAAAGAGUGAGGAAAUCUAUAUCUGAAUUUUUGGCAUUACUGAGAAAGAAAAAUCACCAAAAGGUAUGUAAUAAUUUUAAAAAUAUAAGAAAUGAUAUUGCCACUUUAAAGUAAGUAUAUUGUGCUAAUAUGCAAAACAUGGACACCAGAGAUUGAAGGUACAUUUGCAAAAGUGUAAAUUCCAUAGCUACCAAGUAUUUUUGAGAAUAUUUCUUUGUUAUAUUCACCUAAAGCAAGCAUGUCAAACUCAAAGUCUGGCACAGGCCACGUAAACAAGGUUUAAGUUUAUUCGGGCCACAAAUAAAACAACCAAACUUAAAUUUUUAUAGAAACGCAGGUUUAUUUUAAGAAGUACAGUAUAAAAAAAAAAUAGAAUCCCCCUCUACUAAACCACAGCACCCCCUAUACUAAAUCCCAGUUAUCCCCCUCUACCAAACCACAGCUCUCCCUCUACCACCAUGUGCCAAAUCUGAUCCUGCCGCUACUUCUUGAAACCCUGUGAAGGUGGAGCACGUCGAUGUCACGUGGCGUUGCGUGCCUCCAUGCACCUCCAGGUACUCCACUGUCCAGUCGCAGCCAAUGCAACAUUGUCCAACACACACACUCACUGACAGACACACACACAUACUCACUGACACACAGACACACGCAUACUCACUAACAUACACACACAUACUGACAGACACAUACAUAUUCACUGACAGACACACACACAUACUCACUGAGACAGACACACACGUACAGACUCACUGGCAGACAGACACACACACACUGACAGACACACACACACACACACACUCACUCACUGACAGACACACACACAUACUCCCUGACAGACAGACACACACUGACAGACACACACACACAUAUUCAUUGCCAGACACACACACACACACAUACUCACUGACAGACAGACACACACACACACAUAUUCAUUUCCAGACACACACACACACACACACACACUCACUGACAGACAGACAGACACACAUCUGUCUGGAGAUCUUCUUCCUGCUCCUCACUGCUCCCUCAACGUCAUAUUCCGGUGCCCGGCUUCACUACAGACGGCGCGCGAGGGAGCUGUGAGAAGCAGGAACACUGAGCUCCCUCGCUGGCCCUCCUCCCCUAAGCGUUAGCAGAGUAGGCACCUGCAAUGUGGGGAAAGCAGGUGCCUGCUCUGCUAUAACACCAGCAUGUACUCGCUGCUCGCCAGGUCGCAAAGAUGGUCCAUGUGGGCCGAGUUCAACAUGCUUGACCUAAAGUAAUAUAUUAAUGCACUUGCAUGGUUAAUUAGCCUUUCUUCAUAAUAAUAAACGUUUGUUCCUGUCUUUAUGGUACUUAAUGACAGAAUAGUUCCUCACUAGGAUUUUUCACCAGCAGAGGGUUUUGCCCUGGUGAUGUUUGAGAGGUCUGAGCUUCCAUCAAACUUAAGACUCCUUCUAUUGGUGGAGACACACUUUAUGGCCGUACACUGACCAAUUAGGUCUGAUCAGCUUUUAAGAACAAUACUGUGCAAAUCUAUGUCCACAUCCAAGAGUAGGUUUUCUGCAUAACUAAUGUUGUUAGGUAUCCCUCCAAUGAAAGGAGUACCUGUUGGAUCUGAAAAGACCUCCAACAGCAUCUUACUGAUGUUACCCCUGCCAAAUCACACAUUAUGCUUGUCGAUAGGGGAACUUUGGGCAGUGCUCAAUCUAAGUUUAAUUCUGAGUUCAGAUGGCAUUAAAGUUUUGGGUUUAGUGGUUAAUGUCUUCACAUAUAUUGAAUUAGCAGAUUUAUAUUGCAAUGCCACAUAUGUAUAUUAUUAUUAUUAGUAUUAGUAUGUUUAUAUAUGUUACUGAAUGCCAUAAUAGAUAUUUACAUACACUGCACAACGUAGUUUAUAGAAAGGAGCGUUUUCCCCCACGAGUGUUUGUUUGAGCUGCUGUUUUGAUACUUUUGUACACUCCCUCCAUUUGGAGUUAGACUAAGCAGUUUCAUACCUUUUGAGUACUUUUUGGAUUACUUUGUAAUAUUUUGGUCACAGUUCUGUCAUUCAAAAGUUUAAAUAAAUAGAAUAAACAUUUUAUUUUGACACCCUUUUUCUGUUAGGAUUAAAUAGAGAGAAAGUAGAGCCACAUUCCAAAAUAUCUCUGACAGUUAAGUUAUUCCAUUCUACCCAUUGAUACUUUACCACUAGUUAAAAACACUCAUCUACUAAAACAUAUGAGAAAGAAGAAAUCUCAGCAGAGACAUUGGUGAUACUAUCAGAGUCAAUCUUUCCAGAAGAGGUAGAGUAGAGUACCUAAGCAGUCUUUCCAUUGUCUGGUUUUGUUGGUGGUGAGGAAUCUAGUUAUUUUGAUCACUCUUCCCCCACAACUUCAGAUAUUUGUUUAAAUCUCUCCCAGAAAUUGACCAUGAUAGAUAGGAUUUAGAAAAGUAUAAUCUGGAGAGCAGAGACAGCAGUCCACUAUUUAAUAUAUAAGUCCAUCUGCCUGCUGUAGAAUCACAGAUUUAAAAUGUCAAAUUGAGAAAGUGCAUUUAUCUUUGGAAGAACUGACAUAAAAUUUAGUUUUUCAUCAGAAUAUAAUUUGGUUUAUUUUGGUUUAUUAUCUUCUAGCAGUGCCAGAAGUAGCUUACCCAGUGAGAUUAUUAUUAACAGCACCACCUCUCUUCCCAUUAGCAUUCAUCAACCAAGUCCUAGUGUAGAGGGUAAUGUUGUCACACUUUAAAUAUGAAAUUCCACUAACGUAAUCAGCCAUAAGGCUGAGGCUAGUAGAUUGCAUUCAAGCACAGUUUGGCUUAACUUUGACAGCUUUCUUGUGCAGCAAUGUGCCAUCUCAUUAAUGCUGUUAUGAAUUAACAUCUGUAAAUGCACCACUUGUCUGUGUUACUGAACGAGGAAGCAGAGAUAGAGGCUACUAGGGCAAGAAGCCGAUCCACUGGUGCUGUGUCUGAUUCGCUGCAACCAACUACCAUAACCAAUACCGUCUUUACUACUACCACCACAAGGCAAAACAGGGGGUGUUGAGCCUAGUGCCACUAGGCAACAGGGACAGACAGACUUCCAGUUCACAUUAUCCUAGGGAUAUGUCUGCCAGCCCUCAUUUGAACAUGUUGAUGGAUUUUAUGCCACUGGCAUAUAAAAACAGCAGGCUCAUCAUGUCUGAUUGCCCUGCAAUUCUGUAGAGGAAACUUUUUUUUUCAUGAUACAAGAGGUGCCCUUGAAUAAGCUGAUUCCUUGCUCUGCAAUAUAUAUUUCCCUUGUGAUUCACUUUCAGCAGGAAGAUAGUUCCAUCACUGUACAGUUCCUUCAUGCACAAUGAGUGCUAUUCAUCAUAGAUUUAUGGAGUAGCCAACAUGCAUUUUUCUCCUUGGGGAUGCACAGGCAACAGACCCCAGUGCCUGGGCGGGGUGUUGGCAGUGGAGGAGGUACAACCUUAUGUCUGGCUGGGAGUAGAUCAAUAGAGAAGCGCUCUUGAAAUUUAUCUGUAAUAAUAAAAAAAAACAUCUAUGAUUAAAUUAUCCAUACUCCAAAAGCUCAGGGUUAGUGGGGGUGUGGGUUUGCCAGAAUUUAUUCAUUAUUAUCAUGCAACUAAUGCUGCGAUGGUGCUGAAGUUCAACCAAAAGCAUGACCGCCCCCUUUCGCUUGAGAUGGAGGCUAGCAAACUCUCUCCACAUGUAAUUCAAUAUAUUUUUUGGUUGCUUCCAUCUCAGCGCACAAGGUUGCGCUGAGAUGGUUGUUUCUUAUGACCAAAACCACUAUUAACCCUUUAGUGACCAGACCAUUUUUAAAUGUUCUUACCGUUAAGGACCAGGGCUCUUUUUACAUUUCUGUGAUGUUUGUAUUUAGCUGUAAUUUUCCUCUUACACAUUUACUGUACCCACACAUAUUAUAUACCGUUUUUCUCGCCAUUAAAUGGUCUUUCUAAAGAUACCAUUAUUUUCAUCAUAUCAUAUAAUUUACUAUAAAUGUUUUUAUAAAAUAUGAUGAAAAAAUGUAAAAAAAUACAGUUGGUCAUCAUGCACCCAUGUGUUGUUUGAGACAUUUUUUUACCCCCCUCAAACCUUAUAUUUUUGAAAAGUAGACACCCUAGGGUAAUUCAAAGGGUGGUAUUUUAACACUUUCCAUGCACCAAUUCUACCAUGAGUCUUUGUCAAAUGUUUCGGUAGUAAUUGCUAUGUGUGUCAUGUAGUGUGUGAUGUGUGUGUAUAGUGUGCGUAAAGAGAAUGCAGUGUGUGUAGUGUAUGUAUAGUGAAUGCAGUGUGUUUGUGUAGUGUGUGUGUGCAUAUAAUGAAGUGAAUGCAGUGUGUGUAUGUAAUGAAUGCAGAGAGUGUGUGUGUUUGUGUAGUGUGUGCAUAGUGAAUGCAGUGUGUUUGUGUAGUGUGUGUAUAUAAUGAAUGUAGAAUGUGAGUGUGUUUGUGUAGUGUGUAUAUAAUGCAUUCAGAGUGUGUGUGUGUUUGUGUAGUAUGUGUAUAGGGAAUGCAGUGUGUUUGUGUAGUGUGUGUGUGUGCAUAUAAUGAAUGCAGAGUGUGUGUUUUGUGUAGUGUGUUUAGUGAAUGCAGUGUGUGUAUGUAAUGAAUGCAGGGUGUGUGUGUUUGUGUAGUGUGUGUAUAGUGAAUGCAGUGUGUUUGUGUAGUGUGUGUAUAUUAUGAAUGUAGAGUGUGAGUGUGUUUGUGUAGUGUGUAUAUAAUGAAUUCAGAGUGUGUGUGUGUUUGUGUAGUAUGUGUAUAGGGAAUGCAGUGUGUUUGUGUAGUGUGUGUGUGCAUAUAAUGAAUACAGAGUGUGUGUUUUGUGUAGUGUGUAUAGUGAAUGCAGUGUGUGUAUGUAAUGAAUGCAGAGUGUGUGUGUUUGUGUAGUGUGUGUAUAGUGAAUGCAGUGUGUUUGUGUAGUGUUUAUAUAAUGAAUGUAGAGUGUGUGUGUGUUUGUGUAGUAUGUGUAUAGGGAAUGCAGUGUGUUUGUGUAGUGUGUGUAUAUAAUGAAUAUAGAGAAUAUGUGUGUGUUUUUGUGCAGUGUGUGUAUGUAAUGAAUGCAGAGUGUGUGUGUUUGUGUAGUGUGUAUAGUGAAUGCAGUGUGUUUGUGUAGUGUGUGUAUAUAAUGAAUGUAGAGUGUGAGUGUGUUUGUGUAGUGUGUAUAUAAUGAAUUCAGAGUGUGUGUGUGUUUGUGUAGUAUGUGUAUAGGGAAUGCAGUGUGUUUGUGUAGUGUGUGUGUGUGUGUGUACAUAUAAUGAAUGCAGAGUGUGUGUUUUGUGUAGUGUAUAGUGAAUGCAGUGUGUGUAUGUAAUGAAUGCAGAGUGUGUGUGUUUGUGUAGUGUGUGUAUAGUGAGUGCAGUGUGUUUGUGUAGUGUGUAUAAAAUGAAUUCAGAGUGUGUGUGUGUUUGUGUAGUAUGUGUAUAAGGAAUGCUGUGUGUUUGUGUAGUGUGUGUAUAUAAUGAAUAUAGAGAAUAUGUGUGUGUUUUUGUGUAGUGUGUGUAUAUAAUGAAUGCAGAGUAUGUGUUUGUGUAGUAUGUGUAUAGUGAAUGCAGUGUGUUUGUGUAGUGUGUGUAUAUAAUGAAUGCAGAAUGUGUAUUUGUGUAGUAUGUGUAUAUAAUGCAUAGUGUGUGUAUGUUUCCGUAGGUAUGCAAAUUGUGUAAAAUGGGGGGGGGGAGGGGAGGCAUUUUUUUUUAAUAUAUAUUAAAACUAUUUUUUUUAUUCCCCCCUCCCUGCUUGUUACCUGGCCAGGGAGGGGGGCUAUGGCAUUCCCUGGUUGUCCGGUGGCAUGGACUGUGCAGUGGGGGGGGGGGGCCUGAAUGCUCUUACUUAUCUUCCCAGCAGCUCCCUUCAGCUCCCCAGUGUAAAUCCCACGGCCACGUGCCACACGGAGCAUUGCCAUGGUAACAAUCUGAUGGUCGCGGGACUCGCAAGAUUUACACCAGGGAGCUGAAGGGAGCUGCUGGGAAGAUAAGUAAGAGCUUGCUGCGGGCCCUCCAGGACCGCCGGGCUUGUCAUGGGCCCGGUGGUCCUGGUAUGUAUUAUCGGCAAUAUAGGUAUCUCUAUUUGCCGAUACCGAUAUUGCUAAAAAUACCGAAUAUCGGACGAUAAUAUUGGCCAGACUGAUAAUCGGUGGAUCCCUAGUAGGGGUUAAUUUUUUUCCAAUUUUUUUUUACAUUUUAUUUCAAUUGAGUGCCUCGAGGAACUCAGUACAGGCAGAGCAUCAGAAGCCUGUCUGAAAGCUUCUGAUGCUCUUGCCUACACUGCUGGGCGCCACGUGCAGCAACCCGGAAGUGAUCCCUACAGGGGCAGCGAUCACUCGGGUGUCCGGCAGUGUGAGGGGGUAGUCCACAAUGCCUCGAUAUCGAGGCAUCGUGUAAUACCCAUAGAGCGGCUGGAAGCCAUCACGAAAUGAGGUAUGAUGUACGUCUGCGGUCCUUAAUGACCAUUUUUUGUCGGACGUACCUCAUACGUCCAUUGUUCUUAAGGGGUUAAGGCUUGGAAUAUACUAUAUCGAAAAAUUCACCCUUCUGCUGUCUGGUCUAGAGCCACUCCUCUAGCAGUAUUAAAAUUGACAGUUCCUGAAUUAGAUGUAGAAUAUUGGUCCUCCCACUCUAUUAAGUGUAUUAACAACCUGUUUUUGUUCUCCAAUUUUUUGCCAUUUGAAUAGCUACAAAAUAAAUUUGGUUUGAGUAUUUUUGACACCCCUGCACAUGCAAAUUUGUUUGAGAAGAUUAGUGAGCAUUUCGGGAUUUCAAGUUCUAGAAAAUUGCAAUUAUCAAAUUUAGAAAAGGUUAUAAAAUCUCAGAUCCUGGCCAGAAUGAACCAUUUCCAUGUGCUAUGCCUUUUUUGCAGGCAAGGUAGGCUUAAAGCUACCAUAUAUGACAACGUGGGAGAGUGAUCUGGGUGAGGUAUUAGCAUUUAUCAUUAUUAGCAUUGAAAGGUAUUACCCGCUGUAUUUCACAUUUGGAAACACACUUGAAAUAAAUUUACCACUGGUAUUUCUCCCCAUUUAAAAUGUUCAUAUUACACGUCUCCACAUUUAAUUUAUGUUGGAGAAGCUGUGGACAGACUGGUACUUUAUACCAUAUUUUUUGGUCAUGCCCAAAAUUAGCUGGAUUAUGUUUACUCACACGUUUCCCCUACGAUUUAUCUGCGCAUAAAAGAAUAAUGUUAGGCCAUCUCCUUAUCUCGGCUACAUCAAUUAUUCCUAGAUAUUGGAAAUCUGUUACAAUUCCCUCUGUUAAAGAGGUUUUACUGUUUUUAUUUGCAAAGAAAAGAUGUGAACUUGCUCUCCGAGUACCAUUGGCAGGGGCUUCUCUCUAAUUAGGCGGUUUAGGCGACCACCUAAGGCCCCAGGCUGACUGGGGCCUCGCGGCCGCCUAAACCGCCUUAGGGCAGACUGUGUCAGGUCUUCGGUCCUUGACCGAGGACCCGACACUAGGAGGGGGCCCGGCGGCUUGCCCGAUAUGACGCCUGGUGAGAGCCCCCUCCAGGAUGCCUGACCGGAGAGCGCCCGUAGCUGCUGGUCUGCAGCUCCGCGCAAUGUGCAGAGCUGCGUACCAUGUGUCUUGCGAGAUCUGACGAAUCAGAUUGUUGCCGCGGGUCUUGCGAGACACAUGGUCAGCAGCUCUGCACACUGCGCAGAGCUGCAGACCAGACAUCACCACCAGACCACCAAGGAAUGAAGGACACUGGACCCCCAGGGAAUUAAACAAGGUAUUUAUUCCUCCCUCCCACACCACCAUUACCUCUUUCCUCCCAGUAUCCCCUCUUAACAUCACCCCCCUGAAGUGUGUUCUAGAACCAAGAGAAUCCCUUGACUGCAGCUUUUCUAUUACAUUUUUUUUGCAGGGACCUAAUAGAAAAGUGAUUGCCACUGACACUUCGUUCCUUUGGCCCCAGUGUAAUGGCUGUGCUGCUGCUGCGAGUGCACCCCCAUUUCUACCAUCCUGUUACUCUGCCACUUAUUUACUUGGGCAUACAUGCAAAAUCUGUGAAUAAAUUGCCUAGCCUUUCUUUAAAAGUAAUAUAUUUAUUUUUUUAUUCAUUAAUUUCCAUGGGUAUCUAUGGUUGGUCAGAUGUCAGUAAAUGACGCGAAAAAAAAGAAGUAAAAUUAUGCCCAAAAAUAUUUUCUUUAUGCCCAAAUGUCAGUCGACCCUAAAAGAAAAAAUGUACUGACCGAAAAGCAAAAAUUAUUUCUAUGUACACCUCUAGAAAGUAUGCACCAAUGAGCAUGCUGAGUUCACGGCCACUGAUGUAGCUGUUAACAUGGUCAAAGCUCUUUGUUGGUUGUGUGCUGUUCUGCACACACCCUUCUUCAAGCAGUAAAGGGUGCAAUUAAGGAAGCCAGUAAAAAGGGGCAAACCAUAUUUAAGCAUUGCAGUAGGUUUGCUGGACAUUUCCACCAUAAUGUGAGGGCUAACAAACUCUUACUGCAUGGAGCAAGAGAAAAGAGGGCUUUCCACACACUGUCUACAACAGGAUUUCAGCAUGUUCUAGAACUCCACUUUAGACCUGCUGGAAAGAAAUUUGGUACAGCAGAAGGCAAUCCAUAGUCUAACUUCCCACCACUCCCUUGAUGUUGACUUCCCACUGGUGUGGGGGAUUGUACAAUAAUAAGGCAGCUAGUGUCACUUCUAACUUAAUUUAUGAACACGACAGACAUAAAGCUACAUUAUAAGCUAGAGUAAUGCCAAUUUGGGACAGAUCAUCUCUAUGUUCACCUACCUCAUAAGUACGAUGGAUGCCUUCUUGGAAAACAUGGAAUUAGCUCCUAGCACCACAAUCCUGUCUGAUAUAGUAACAGUGGUCAGGAAGCUGAAAGAUCUACUCAAUGAUCGUCUGAUCGAAUGAGUUGCUAUUUGCUCUGAAAUUAUGCUUGAUUCCCUGUGUGAUCCUAGUAUAAAGAGAAAAGUAGCACUGACAUACAGGAAGGCCAGAUUUAUUACCACGGUCUGUGAUUUGCAGUUAGAGAAGCAUGCUGGUUGAGGAAGACGUGCACGUUGAACCUACCAUUUUGCCAUUGUCUACCACUUAAAGCAGCAGCAGCAUAACCCCAAGACAGCUGAAUUAAUAUUGUUGGCAGUUUUGUGGGAGCAAGUGAUGCAGGAAGUAGCUGAAAUGAGAGUAGUGCCUCUAAAAUGGUUGGAGCUUACCUGUCUGGACCUAAUUUGCCUCUGAGCUACUGGGAUGAGAAGAGCAAGUGUCCUACUCUGUCUGGUUGUCCAGCAAAUAUUUUUAUGUCUACCACCAUUGUCCAAAGUGAGUGUGAGUGUUGUCUGUUAUAGGGAACAUUCUGAAUCCCCAACGAUUAAAAAGUCCUCGCUAUUGAUGGCGAAAAUAGCCUUCUUCAAGUUCAACCUUGCCAAGUUGGGUUACCCCGAUUUUCACUUUGAUACCUGAGGUGUCAUCAUCUGCUAGCUGAGAUAUAACUGGUCAUUCGCCUCUUUAUUUAAACUCUUUAUUUAAACUUUCUAAACUUGUAAAAAUAUUUUAAAAUCUGGUGUUGAAUUAUAAUAUUUUGAAUAAGGUUUCUCCUGUUGCUGCAGUUCCUCCUUUUUUCAAAUGUCUUUCACUGUAGUCAUUUUGCCCUGUCUAAAUGAGUCUUACAGAGCCUGCUCCUUCUGCUGAUGCAGACUAGAUGUGUGGGACAGCUUUGUACUUGUCAAGAUGGGAAGGGUUAGCAUGUGGGCAAUCUCCCACUGACUUUUUAUUUUCCUUGUUUGGAUAAAUGCCCUAUUUUUAACUUGAAAUGACUCUUGCUCCCCAUUUUUUUUCAUAAAUACAAGAUAACAAAAGGCAAAAUAUUACAAUUAAUUUUAAAAUAAAGUUCUCUCACUUUCUAAAGUAGUUGCUUUGUAGAUUAAAGUGGCAUUUGAAUAUGCAAUAGUGAUUAGUUUUACUAUGUAUUUGUUGGCCCAUGUAAAUAAUAUAUUCACUAUAUGUUAUACCUCAAAAAUUUAGUUUUGUCUGAUUUAACAAAAAUCCCAAUGAUUUUUUUAUCCACAUACAAGGAAUUGAACACUGGCUACAUGGGUGAAAAACAAAAUGCUUAAUCAUAUAUUUUCAAAGCUCAGCUACAAUACCAGCUGUGUCUGUUGAAAAUAUUCCUCCCAAUUACAUGAUUGUGUGCGCUGCCCAAGUAAACAAGUUUUCUUGGUACAUUUCUUAUAAUUAUUGUCCUGUAUUCUCAAGACUAAUUUUGAAUUUACCUGUUCGGUGCUGAUAGCCAUAAUAAUGUCAUAUUAUAGCAUAAUUUAGUUUAUCAGAGCAGGGAUAGUAAAUAGUUUCAUAUAUAAUGAGCAAAACAUAUAUUGCAAUAUUGUUGGUCAUAUCGUUGACACUGAACGGGUUGAACAAAUGAUUUUUAUUUUGAUAUUUCAUAUAAUUCCAAAAGACCAGAAGGUGGGGUUUUAUACAACCGGGAGUCAAAUUCCAUCAGUGGAGUGUAAUAACUUCUUGCUUACUAUGGCACUCUUCUGGGUAAAAAUACAUUUAUUAAUGCCUUAACAUAGACUUAAUACAGACUUUAUUGCAUAUUCACAAUAGUUAAAAAUUCAUGAGACAGCAAAAAGGGGUGGGCAAUUACAUCGCUCUCCUGAGGCAGAGGGAACCCCUUAAUUCUCUGGGUCUUCUCUGAGACUGUUGAUUAUGAAAUAGACCUUGAUUGUGCUGUGAAUCAGCCUACGACAGUCUUGAAUAGUGACUUGUUUCUUCUGAAACCCAGACAAUUUCUGGCACAACAUAAAGUAUCCUUUACACAGUAUAUCACAUGCCAAACAUCCUCAAUCAUGCCCAUUGUGUGUGUCUGCCUGGAAACAGGCCAUACAUAAUUGGCUUCUAAGGCAGGAUCAUCAUGUCUAUUGAACAAAGUUCUUUUUCCAAGGUUGAAAGCAAAGCCUUUUCAAAUGGACACUGCCAAAUCAAGUACAAAGAUGUCUCUACUUCAACAAUACAUUGCAAGCAAUAUCUUCAUCUGCACAGUGCCUUUGCAUUUAUGAAUGGUCUAAGGAGGAGAGCUCCUUGAAAAGACAUGGAUGCCAAGACAUGUCUGUUGAUCAUCCUGCUUGAUGCCGCAUUUCUUCACACAGUCACUGGGUUUUUUUUUUUUUACUGUAGGGAGUCCUGGUAUAGUUUUUGGAACAUCCCAGGGUCUUAUUAGCUUGUGUAUCUUCUUGGGUGUCCACAGUUCAGGCUUAACUUACUCCAGCUGGUAUUCAUUCACAAAUUGCUUUAAAGGAAACCAUGGAAAUGGUAGCACCAAUUAAAAUCAUUAUUUAUUUACAUAAAUCCUAUGUCUAAUGGCACAAAAAAAGGUUUCUGUAGACAUGUAAUGUCAGUCCCCUUACCUUCCUUAGCUUCAGAGCCGGCGCUACCUGUUAGGCGGACUAGGCAGCCGCCUAGGGCGCCCCUUGGGAGGGGGCGCCACCAGGAGCGCCGGCCCCCCUCAUGCUGCAGCCGCCCGAGCGCUCUGUAGAGAGCUUCAGGCAGCAGCAGCUUUUCCCAGGCUGCUGCGUCCAUGAGGGUGGACCGCACCGCCCGGGCGCAGCCUGAGGAGAGGGGCUGACAGGGGGAAGCGCGAAGCGCUCCCUCCUGUCACUCCCUCACUGUAGCAUGGCCGAGCCCUGUAUGGUCCGCGGGUACAGGGAGCAUCUGUCUCCUGUACCUGGCCGGACUAACAGGAAGUGCGCACUGAGUGUUCACUUCCUGUUAGUCCAGGAAACAAAAGCUCCCUGUACCCGCGGACCAUGAUACAGAGCACUGCCACGCUACAACAGAGGUGGGGGGGGAAUUGACAGGAAGGGGAGGGGGAAAUUGACAGGAAGGAGGGAUUGACUGGGAAGGGGGGGAAAUUGACAGGAAGGGGAAUUGACAGGGAGGGGGAAUUGACAGAGAAGGGGGAAUUGACAGGGAAUGGGGGAAUAAAUUGAAAGGGAGGGUGGGGGUUGAAAGGGGGAAUAAAUUGAAAUGGAGGGUAGGGAAUAAAUUGAAAGGGAAUAAAUUGAAAAGGGAGGUGGGGGAAUAAAUUGACAGGGAGGGGGGAAUAAAUUGAAAGGGGGGGAAUAAAUUGAAAGGGAGGGGAAAUAAAUUGACAGGGUUGGGGGGAAGAAAUUGACAGGGAGGGAGGGGGAAUAAGAGUGGGGAGGGGAGAAGAGAGUGACAAGGAAGGGGGGAGAGAUUGACAUCCAUCACACACACACACACACAAUGCACCCCUUACACACAAAGACAAUGCACCCCUUGCACACAGAAAAACACACAAUGCAUUACACACACAGACACACACAAGCAAUGCAACCCUUACACACAAUGCAUCCCUUACACACACAGAAACACACAAUGCAUUCCUUACACACACUCAAUGCACCCCUUACAGACGCCCACACUGCAUCCCAUACAAACACAGAUUCACACAAUGCAUUCCUUACACACACACAUAUCAGGACAUCCCCCUACUCCACCCCCUGUGAACAAACUCAUUGGUGGAACAUGAAGGUGAACCCUGGGACCCAGACCUUGAGCUGUGUAAAGGGCCUUAAAAAAAUGGAGCUGCUUCCCGUUCUCCCAGAACAUUGAUUUUUGUGACCACAGUUACAAACAGCCUCCAGAGAGCCUGUUCUACACCAGACCAGUGGAGCCAGACUGCAGAUAGAGCCCAUCAUCAUCCUCAUCUGGUUGUAAGUAGGCAAUCUAGUAUAUUAUUCGUGGCACUAAUCUCUAGUCCCCAUAACCACUUCAGCUUAAUGUAGUGGUUCUGGUGUCCAUAGCCUGUCCCUGCAGGCCUUUUAAUGUAAACACGACGGCACUGCAGCACUGGUGUUAGUUAACAUGGCAGAUCAUAUGGGUGGGGCAUUUUGUUGUUACAUGGGGUGGCGCCAAACUUUACUUUUGCCUAGGGCGGCAAAAAUCCUUGCACCGGCCCUGUUUAGCUUAAUUGUACACGUAUGCCAGUCCUCAAAGUAACCCUUUUUAUGACACAGUGGAUAAUAUUCUGACACCUCACCAGAUGGGAUAUAUUGACUAUUAUAUUCACAUUUUUGAAUAUUCUGCUUUUCCAAAAAAGCAUUGUACAUAAUAUGUUAAAACUGUAUUUGUAGGCAAAGAAUUCAACUUUGCCUACAAAUGCAAAUCUCCCUUAUUUGAGUCAUACUUUCUUAAUAUGAUACUGGUUGUGUUGUAUAUAGGUUCAUUACCAGCUCCAUUUUGCAUGCAUUCUGGGUUUUUAUUUUCCAUGAUCGCUUAGUGUAUGGAGUACAUGAACUGCACCUCCAAUCGGUUUGGGUCCCUUUCAGUGCCUCGUCAGGUCCUGAAUGUCUAUCCAAGUCAGAAAUGUGAGACUGGUAUACUAGGAUGAGCUGACUUACUCACAAAGAAGCAACUGAUUCCGAUGGAGUGUGAAACAUACUAGGAAUACAUUAUUAAAGGGGCUUUCCAGGCACCAUUAUCAAUGCAGCCUGUUGUAUUAAUUAGUUAUGCUACCAGCAUUGCCUUUUUGCUUCCCCACUGUAUGAUAUCAAAGCAUUUUGGCAAGGUUUGAAAACUUACCUUGUUCCUGCCAAGCACAUGUGGUCACAUCUGGUCUUCUGCAGGAAAAGCUGAAUUGCCCUUUAGAGAAAAGCAAGCCCAUUCUGGGAUGCAUUAAUUGACAUCAACUGAUAUGGGCACUGCAUAUAUUUAAUGGACACUGUAUGAAUGUAUCUAUAUAUACAACUAUAGGCAUGUGUUUGGUUUUAUUAAUGUAUGUCGUGAGCCAGGCUUAGCUCAAGCAGAGAUAUUCUGGCUCUCACUAAGCUCUAGUGGAGGUGGAGAGCGGCACCCAGCAGACCCCGGUAAAAAGUCAAAUUAUUCUAAAACAGAUUGAUUACUUGCAGUGGAGAGGCUUUCAGGUCAAUCUGGGCACUACAAAUAAAAAAAGCAUUACCAGAUACAUUUUCACAAAUGUGAAAAAAAAAAGGACGAAAUCAUUGCAACUUUUACAUUUAGAAUAGAUAAUUAGAUAAAGAUAGAUUAGUGAGUGGUUCACUGGCUUUGCAUCUUUUCCUAAGUUGUAUUUCAAAGCUGUUGUAUACAGCAAACACAGACUCAAAGGAAUCCAUGUUUAAAAUUGAAUGAGGCAAAAAUUUGCAUAUGCCCACCCAGAAUCCUUUGCAGUAGUAACAUAACUGCAAAAUUGUGAUUCCUGUGGGAAAAGCAAGUCUUAUGGCUUGACUGGUGUGCAGAUUAUUGUUUAACAUUUAUAUAUAUAUAUAUAUAUAUAUAUAUAUAUAUUUAUAUAUAUAUAUAUAUAUAUAUAUAUGUGUGUGUUAAAAACAUGUGUAAAUACACUGAACAAAACUAUAAACACAACACUUUUGUUUUUGCCCCCAUUUUUCCUGAGCUGAACUCAACGAUCUAGUACCUUUUCUAUGUACACAAAAGGCCUAUUUCUCUCGAAUAUUGUUCACAAAUCUGCCUAAAUCUGUGUUAGUGAGCACUUCUCCUUUGUCGAGAUAAUUCAACCACCUCACUGGUGUGGCAUAUCAAGAUGCAGAUUAGACAGCAUGAUUAUUGCACAGGUGUGCCUUAGGCUGGCCUCAAUAAAAGGCCACUCUAAAAUGUGCAGUUUUACUGUAUUGGGGGGUCCAAAAACCAGUCAGUAUCUGGUGUGACCACUAUUUGCCUUACACAGUGCAACACAUCUCCUUUGCAUAGAGUCGAUCAGGUUGUUGAUUGUGGCCUGUGGAAUGUUGGUCCACUCCUCUUCAAUAGCUGUGCGAAGUUGCUGGAUAAUAGCAGGGCCUGGAACACGCUGUCGUAUACGCCGAUCAAGGGCCUUCCAAACAUGCUCAAUGGGUGACAUGUCCGGUAAGUAUGCUGGCCAUGCAAGAACUGGGAUGUUUUCAGCUUCCAGGAAUUGUGCACAGAUACUUGCAACAUGCGGCUGUGCAUUAUCAUGCUGCAACAUGAGGUGAUGGUCGUGGAUGAAUGGCAAAACAAUGGGCCUCAAGAUCUCAUCACGGUAUCUCUGUGCAUUUGAAAUGCCAUCAAUAAAAUGCACCUGUGUUCGUUGUCCAUAACAUAUGCCUGCCCAUACCAUAACCCCACAGCCACCAUGGGCCACUCGAUCCACAACAUUGAUAUCAGCAAACCACUCACCCACACGACGCCAUACACGCUGUCUGCCAUCUGCCCUGUACAGUGAAAACCAGGAUUCAUUCGUGAAGAGAACACCUCUCCAAAGUGCCAGAUGCCAUUGAUUGUGAGCAUUUGCCCACUCAAGUCGGUUACGACGACAAACUGCAGUCAGGUCGAGAUCCCGAUGAGGACGACGAGCAUGCAGAUGAGCAAUUUAAGAGAAAUAGGCCUUUUGUGUACAUAGAAAAAGUCUUAGAUCUUUGAGUUCAGCUCAUGAGAAAUGGGGGCAAAAACAAAAGCGUUGCGUUUAUAAGUGUUGCGUUUAUAAUUUUGUUCAGUGUAUGAAGAAGAGGGGAUUGGGACAUGAAAUUCAAACUUAACUUUUAAAGACUAAUAAUAAGUUUCCACAAAUAAAAAAAUAUAUAAUCAAAUAAAAAUAUUAAAACACAAUAAAGAUAAAAAUAAAAAUUUAGAAAUUAAAUAAAUUGAAUUGAUUUUAUUUUCAAUGCUUUGCAUGAUGAAUGCUCAGACAGUUGACUGGCCAAACUAUUACUAGUUUAUUUAUUUUGAAGAUAGCUCAGAAAUUGACAGCAUGCAAUUCUUGAUCUAGUCAAUCCUAAUUUAGGGUUAAAUCUGAUCAUUUCCUCUGUUGUUUAUAUUGGAGUUAUGCAUACAGUAAUCCUUUCUUUCACAUAUUAUGCAUGUUAGCUUAAAUCUCAGUCUCUAGUUUAUACAUUUCAUCUGCCUUUGUUUACAACAUGAAAAUGCUAUCUUGGUGUAAGUUCCCCUUUCUUAACAAUUUAUUUUUCUCUUUAGGUUGUGGUUAAGGCCUGUGGGCCACAAAAAAGACAUUCCUUUCCUACAACCUUCUAUUCUGUCUGUGACCCUCACAGUGUAUAUGAAACUGUCUUUGGGCUCAUUUCAAAUCUCCAUGAUAAAGAAGCAAUACUUCUGGAAGGCUUUAUACAUUCUUUGCCCCCACGCAGGAUACACCCACCCAAACCUCCAGCUGUGAUAGCAAGUAAGUAGACAAAAUCUUAAAAGAAUUAUGUUAUUCUCCUCUAAAGGAUUAUAAUUUAUGUCUUCCUAGCUGUCUCUUCCUUCAAUGUAUCUUCUUUAACUCUGUUUCAUAUGACUAUUCUACUUUCUCUGUCCAUCUACCAUCUGUGCCAGCAAUGGAUAACUUUUGGCAUUACAGUUUAGAUGGACUAUGGCUCCUUUGAUGGGAAACAUAGUCCACAAUACACGUCGCAUAUUUUCUACACAUAACAAUUUUCAAUAUAGAUUUUUCAUGUUCUGCCUGAAAUAUCACUCUCUCUGUUUCCUUUGUUCUAUUUUUCCCCUCCUUUCUGUCUCUAUUACUCUUAAACAAUACAUGAUACACCCUAUGCUGAUCAUUUGAACAAUGUUUGUUCAGCUGUAAAGCAUGGUGAUUUACUUAUCAGACUGUUUAAUAGACGCCUUUGCAAAAUAUUUUCAGUAUUGUGAGAUGCAAUUUUCACUAUAUUGAAAGAGCAGAGGGAAAGCAGUUACUUUAUUUCUCCCUGUUUCUCCAUAAUUUUGUCUAUUCCAUUCUCCACUCUCUUCGACUUCUGCUUCCAUCUUUUCUUUCCCUUCCUCUCUCUUCCUAUAUUACUGUCUCUGCCCAACCCCCCAGGCUGCUCCGUGUGCCCCCCUGAGCUGACGAUCCGUCUCUGUGCCGUUGUCUGCCGAUCUCGCGGAGACCAACCAAUCCUAAGCAAGGUAACAGGGCUGGCCCCAUCCUCCGGGGGCAGUUACCCCAAUCUACAAACCCUUUGUACUAAGUCCCCUGGAGAGAUGAGCCCUAUAGUUCUAUCUCUCAAGAUGGAUUCUCGCUCUCUCAGAUGUGUGUCAUGGACUAUUGGUCCUCCGCUUUCUCACUACCAAAAGGAUGUUACAAUAUGUUUUUGAUUACCAAAUAUUUAUUUAUGUUUUUGUGCUGAGUGCAUUGUGUCACCCAUAACAUCUGUGUUGUCCACCUCACAGGUGGUAUGUUCUGUGGGUCGGGCAGAGAAACCUCUCUGUCACCGCUUUGCUUUGCCCCAGUCCCUGGAAACCACAUUGGAAUUGUGGGGAGUGAGGGACAAAUAUCAAAAGGAGAACAUUUUAGCCCAGCUUAAAAAGACUGCAGAAAAUGUCAUGAAAAUAGUUAUGGAGGAGGAAAAAAAACUGACUCAAAAGGAACGUGGAGGAUAUAAGGCUCAAACUGACCUAUUGGGUAAGAUAUAUUUUAUGGAAAGGAACGAACUUUUAAAUAAAGAUUCAGUAGAUAGAUUUCGUAAACUUUCGUACAAUAGAAAAGUAUUACAAUUCAUAUCAAUAGCAUCCACACAAUUCAACGACUCCAGGUCAAAGGGACAUUCCAGACUCCCUAAAACAAUUUCUCUUGCUGAAAAACUUUAUGUGUGAAGAGUGUGUCCUAUUUUUUCAUUCUGCAAAAAGUUUUCAAGCAGGCAACAGGUCCUGUUACUUCCUGGUUUGGUUAGCUUAUUUGCACUGAACUCAAGAGGCAGUAAUUGCCCAGAGCACCUGCCUUGUGAAGACUUCUUAUUGAGCUGCAUUGUGAAGUCUGUAAUUGAACACAUAAAGUAUGGGCAGUGCUAAAAGAAGAGGGCUCGCAAAGGCAGCAGACAAGAGAUCUGCAGUUUUUGCAAACUUUUCAGAUAUAACUCCAUUGAAGAAAUACAUAAUUAAAUGCAUGCAAGUUUUCAUUAGGGGUAUAUCUACUAAACAGUUCUUUUUAUUGAAUGUAUUAUUUUGGCAGUGUCCCUUUAACAUGCAAAUUACUAUUCUGUGUUCGUGCACACAGUAUCAUAUACUAAUAUCAAGUAGCCAUAUCAGCUACACCUAGUCAGUAUAACAUUUUCUGCAAUACUUCCACCUAUUAAAAACAGUCCAACAGUCUAUGUAUGCCCCUAGUAUAAUUUUACAAAUUAUUGUUGCACCACACACAUAACACACAUUAUAAUUUUUUGCUGGGACACUAUUUUGACAUGCAUACAAUGUAUGUGCCUACCAAAGUAACCUAUUAUGCACCCACAACUUGCUUCUAUGUAUGUCAGUUGCAUGGGGAGAAGCAAAGCAGAAAUGAAGAUAUGAUUUCCUUGUUUUUCUGAGUUUUUAGGUGUGGAUUUCCUGCUAACUGUUGUGGACUACAUGGUGACCCCAGUGAUUCUUGGUAUCACAUCCAAUUAUUGUUUGGAAAGUUGUGGGAUUCAUGAGUGUCUGCAGGGGAGUCUUGUUGCUGGUGGAUCCAAUGCCAUUAUUUCUGCAUCAACACCAUUGUUGGAAACAAUGCUUCAACGGUCCCUUAUCUAUGUAAUGGAAAAAAAGGAAGUACUUGUAGUUGGAUCUGGAGGUAUCAGCAAAGCAUUCAUCUGGGAGGCCGCAAAAAUCUAUGGGAUAAAGGUGCCUGUAAUUUUAUGUUGUGUGUAAUGCUGUCGUGGAGAUUAUAAAACUUUAAAAGUGAAAAAGAAAUAGUAAAUUUAUACACAUUUAGUUUUUUCAAUUGGUUACAAUUUUAGUUUAUUUACAUAAAAAGAAACCAAAUCACACCAAACUGAGCCAAAAUUAAAUAGAUUUAACCAAUCUAAAUAUGUUAAAACUGCAGCUAAAUCGUUCAGAAAUUAUUACCCAUAUAAAUUCUCAAUAACACUACAUAUUUUGCUAAUGUGUUAAACAUAAAUACAUACAUACAUAUUUAUUUACUAAAAUGCAUGUCUAUGUAUGUAAAAACAAAAAAGCAUACUUUAAUGAUUAUGUGUUUUUAUGGUAUGCAAAUACCUUUGGGAGGCCCACUUUAAAAAAAUAAAAUAAAAAAUAAUGAUGGAAUUCCCUACCUAAAGUUGAGUCUUCAGAUUCAGUAGAAUUUAUUAAAAGGCAGAGUGAGCUAUACAGAAAAUAAUAAUAUAUUUAAAUAAAUGAAAAGAAAAAUACUAUUUUUCAGCUUUUUGAAACAUAACUGUAAAUUUAGUUUUACCGUCUUUAGGAUGAAUAGCAAUAUGACAAGAUGUUGAAUUUGAUAGAAUUAGUAUUUUUCAUAGCCUAAAUUACUGUUACCAUGCUUGCAUUAAGUAAUGUAUAUAUGUCCUCUUAGAUCCACUUGGUUGAAUCAGACCCGAAACAUUUUGCCUCAUCGCUUGUGACCUCAUUUAUCCAUUAUGACUAUGAUGAUCAAUCCUGUGAUGUAGAGAAGCAUGCUCAGAACUUGCUAACGUUAAUCAAGGGCAGAGGCCUUUGCCUCUCUGGGUGCAUGGCAUUUUGGGAUGAGUGCACUAUCCUUGCCGCUGUGUUGGCCAGUUACCUUGGGCUCCCUGGUCCACCUGCUAGUGCUGUGAGACUUGCCAAGCAAAAGACCAAGACACAGCUAUCUCUCCUUUCAAUGUCUUCAACAUCACCACCCUUCCCAUAUGCUGGAGCAUUUGCAGUGCCCUGUUUCCCCUUAGGCCUUGCUGAUGAAGGAAUAGAGAAAGCUGAAUCUACUAUUUCCUACCCACUUGUUGUGAAGCCAGAAUCUGGAGCAGGGGCAGUCGGCGUACGACUUAUACAAGAUGCAGAAGAAUGCAGAAGGGUGAUCAGAAAAAUUGGAACAGUGUCUGAACCAUACACACCCCCAAAUGGAGAAAACUGUGCUGUGCAGAUUGAAGAAAUUUCUCAGAGUGGUGUAUAUUGUAAAACAGGAUUAGAAGAAACCUGUAAAGGUGAAGCCAGUAAGUCAGAAAUUGAUAGAAAGGGUUGUAAUAAAACAACACAAUUGAAUGCAUAUGCUGAUAAUGAACAAAACCAGUUGUGCAAUAACAAUGUCAGGCCUCUGCUUCUUCUGGCAGAAUAUAUAACGGGUACUGAACAUGACGUGGAUUUGGUUAUGAGUCCCAGUGGUCAAAUUCUGGCUGCUUAUGUGUCCGACAAUGGGCCAACAUUGCUGCCAGGUUUUACUGAAACAGCAGCAGCUCUCCCCUCCCGCUUAGGCACAGAACAGCGUUGCCAGCUUAUUCAAGCUGCUGCAUUCAGCUGUCGAUCACUGGGACUGUACCCAGGAGUCUUCAAUGUAGAGCUGAAGCUGACAGAAACUGGUCCACGUCUGCUGGAGAUCAACCCACGAAUGGGGGGAUUCUAUCUUCGUGACUGGAUCCGCCAUGUGUAUGGCACUGACCUUGUCCUUGUGGCGUUGGCGUUGUUUUGUGGCGUAGACCCUGCAUUACCUGCAACAGGAGUCCAGGAGCGGACAGUACUAGUUGGAGUAAUGUGCACUGGGGAAAAUCAUGAGGAUGCGUUGCACAGCACAGCAAAGCCACAGAGAUUGGCGGAACUGCACCAUGCAGGAUAUAUAAGAUUCAACCAACUUGAUGGUAGCAGGGAGCGUGGCCCAGACCAAGAACCAUAUGGAAGUGUUGCCUGUGAAGGAAGUGGCCAGAGAGAAGCCAGAGAAAAGCUGCUUGGAAUCUGUGCUGUAUUGGGACUUGACACAGAAGCAUAUCCAAUCCGUUAUCUAACAGGGGAGUUCCAGUGAUGGAAUAUCAUUGGGAGACAUGGUUAGCAAUUGUUUAGAGGAAUAUAUAUUCCAGUGUGAAAUGUAAUGGGAAAAAAUGUAAGGGUAUCAGCAAUUCGAGAGCAAAGAAUCAGAAUUAAAUAUUUUGGUAAGGAAGGCAGUGUGUUAAAUCAUAGAGUAGGUGGUGUAAUCAAUACAUAUCCUUAAAUACCUAUCAAUUGUAGAUACCUCUGUUACUGUACUUGCAAAAUCAGAAUAGAACUUACUGAGAAUUUAGCAAUGUUAACACUAUCAGUCUUCAUUAAUUGUAAAUGGUACCAAUUGUUUGCAAUAUCAUUCAUGCAAUUAUAAAUGCUUAGUGCAAAAUAACUUUUUGAUCAUAUAAUAAAGGAUUAAUAUAUAAUAA